AUUUCUUUGUUUUAAUUUAGAAAAUAGAUGGAGCAUGAAAGUUCCCUGACGUGGACACUGACUAAAAACGCACCAUGUACCACGUGACUAAAACCUAGGAAGUGAGUGGAGUGUCAACAUUGAAACGAUGGCAUCCUCAGACUGGCACUUGUCCUUGAAGCUGUUGGAUCAGCCCAAAUCCACCUUCCACUUCCCCGAGAUGAUGCCAGGGGACGUCGCUCCUGGAGGCUACAGAGUUGCCACCCUAAAGCAGCUUGUGGCUGCGCAUCUCCCCGACUCUAUACCCGACCCUGAUCUCAUAGAGCUGGUCCACUGUGGGCGUAAACUGAAGGAUGACUUCACGCUGGAUGCCUGCGGGAUUCUACCGGGAUCUACCUUGCAUGUCCUGAAAAAGACUUGGCCUGAGCCUGAAAGCAUUGCAGAACCUGUGAACAGAGCGACUGCGGCCAGAGAGUUCCGAAUGCUCCACGCCGCCCUCCACUCGCUACACUCCACCUACAGAGACUCUGUGUACAAAAUGUUGACCAACAAAGAGUCUCUGGAUCAAAUCAUCGUGGCCACACCAGGACUCAGGUCCGACCCUGUGGCUCUAGGCGUGCUACAAGACAAAGACCUCUUUGUGCAGUUCACAGACCCCAACAUGUUAGACACACUGAUCGGCUCACACCCGGCCCUGGUCAACGCCAUCAUUCUGGUGCUGCACUCUGUGGCAGGAAGUGCACCCAUGCAGUCCACCGGCGCCGCUGCCACAUCUUCUACUCGCAACACUUCCGCUAGCUCCUACAGUGAUAUGCCCGGAGGCUUCAUGUUUGAGGGCAUGUCUGAUGAUGAUGAAGACUUCCAGCCUGGCAGCCCGGCAGGCCCUUCAAGCAGAGCGGGGGUCUCGGCGGGCAUUCGGCCGCUCUCGCUCAACCACAGCGGCGCCACGGGUCCACGACCCAUUACGCAGAGCGAGCUAGCAACGGCGCUAGCUCUCGCGAGCACGCCCGAAAGCAGCGCAGUGACUCCGACCACAGCCAACCAGGGCGAGUCGUCGUCGUCGAGCGGCGGCCCCCCUAUGAUGGCAGGGACCCCCGUCAGUAACGACCUGUUGAGUCAGGCACUGCAACAAGCCCUCCAAGCAACCAACAUGUCUGCCCUCCAGGGCCGAUGGCAGUCGCAAAUGCAACAGCUCAGGGACAUGGGCAUCCAGGAUGAGGAAGGGAUGCUCAGAGCACUGCAGGCCACUGACGGAGACAUCCAGGCCGCCCUGGAACUCAUCUUUGCUGGAGGACCGGGACUCUGAAUGCAGACCUGCUCAUUAAACUAAACUCUAAUGAAAGAUUUUUGUUGGCACGUUAUGACAUUCAUUGUGCUGUAUCAUAAUAUCAUACUUUGUUAUUAACUCACUGUCAGUGUACUUGUAAUACAAAAAUAAAUCUGGGUUCCCAAGCGUU